CUGAAUGGCGCCAAUGUUCCAACUCCCAUGAUUAUCCCCCGCAAAUUUCUGCGAUCCACAAAUUUCUUUUGCAUUUCGUUCCCCCUUUAACCCCUCAACCCUAUGCUCUAUGCUCCACCAUUAAUGGAGAGGGAGAAACAAAAGGGGUCAUAGAGGAAGAUUGAGAGAGCAACUAGAGAAAGAGUGGUUUCUUUCUUUCUUGGAAAGAUCACUUCUUUCUCUAGCCGGCUGGUUCGUUCUUGAACAUAAUAAAAGAUUGGCAAUUCCUUCAUAUUAAUAUAGUUGGAAAAUAUGGCAUUUGUUGGCACAACCCAAAAAUGCACCGUCUGUGAAAAGACAGUUUAUUUGGUUGAUAAGUUGGCAGCAGACAACCGCAUUUACCACAAAGCUUGCUUCCGCUGCCACCAUUGCCAACGUACCCUCAAGCUUGGCAACUUCAAUUCUUUUGAUGGGGUCCUAUACUGCAGGCCUCACUUUGAUCAGCUGUUCAAGCGAACCGGCAGUCUUGACAAGAGUUUUGAAGGAACGCCAAAACUUGUGAAACCAGAAAAGCCUGUGGACCAUGAGAACGCGACCAAAGUCUCAAGCCUGUUCGUGGGCACCAGGGAUAAAUGUAUUGGAUGUGACAAAACCGUCUAUCCAAUUGAGAAGGUUACUGUCAACGGAAAACCAUACCACAGAAGUUGCUUCAAAUGCUCUCAUGGCGGUUGUACAAUAAGCCCAUCAAACUAUAUUGCACAUGAGGGAACGCUUUACUGCAAGCACCAUCACGCCCAACUCGUCAAGGAAAAAGGCAACUACAGCCAAUUGGAAAAUGACAUGGACAAGGAGCCAUCGCUUCCUGCUCAUAUGGAAAUAGCUGCAGAAUCAUAAGGCCACAAGGAAAAUACUACUAUUAUUUGCUAGAUUGAUCUCUCUCUCUCUAUUAAUCUCUCUGUCCCUUUUCUCUCGGUGGUGAGAACGGUUUGCUAACUUUGUUGUCCAGGAUGAUUUUGUAGUGUGGAUGAGUUUUAUGCAGAACUUUCGGUCUCUAGCUAUGCGGGGUGUAUCAUUUGUCCUGAGGUUGUGGUGUGAAUUUGCAAGCAGUUCCUGAGUUUGUUCGUGUAAAUUCUCUAUUUGCUUAAUAAGAUGUACAUAGGUAGACCUUA